ACAGAAUCCGACUCAAGAAAAGGAUAGUUCUGAACAAGUUUUAGAUAGUGUUCAAGAUAUGAAGAUUUCUAGUCUGCAAGACCCCUUAGUUUUCACUCAGAGGCAAGAGCAAAUUGAUCAGCAUAUUCAGAGAAUCCAAACUCAUAAUGAGAAAGAAGACAAUCACAAUGCUGAUUUUGAGGAAAUGAAUGCGCAAAUAGACAACCUCGCAUCAUCUCUUAGAAAAUCGAAGUGCACCAUCACCCAUGCAGAACUGAAGGCUAUUCAUAAUCCUAUUCUGGAUAAAUCAGAUAACUUUAAUUCAUCAUCUAUCAUAAAUUCCACCCUGACCAAAAACACUCCCAAACUCCUUGCUCAUCAAAAUCCCCAACCUCUAAACUCCACUCACCCCUCCUCUCUCACCCUUCCCUCCCCUCCUACAAUAAACUCCACUUGGACUUAUCCUCUGCCCCUGGAACAACUCUACUAUAAUCCCUGCAGCUCUACCAGCUGCCUCCUCUCCACUAUAUCCAUCUGAACUAUGUCGACCAGCUGGAGGAGACAGAGGGGGUGAACAGGUUUGUACUGAAAGCUCUGAGUACGAACAUCAAACAGUUCUACUUCUACUCCCAUAACUCUUCAUGCACCCCAAUCAAAGCCUACAUGCCUAGCCUCACCAAGGCUCUCCCCUCCAUUCCAGACUAAAUCCAUUUCUGGCAGUUCCAGAUGAGCAAGGCUCAGUUCGAAGACCUCCUAGUGGCAGCCCAGCAUUCCAAACAAGUAACUGUUGAUUGUUGUAAGGUAGACACGGAGGAGGAACUUGACUUUGGAGACAGACUCGCCCACUCCACUUUUAAGAAGUUAAAUUUGAACUAUACUGGAGCAAGUAAUUAUAGUGACUGGAGCCAGAAUGGAUUCGCUCAGUUUAAGAACAUUGUGAAGGGCUUGGCAAAGUAGAUGAGAUGAAGAAUAGAUCCGUAAAGCUGAAUUUAGGGGGUUGUGGAUUGACUAGAGACUUGGCACAUUCAGUUUUACAAGAAAAUGGAAUGGU